CCACAGUACUAGCACCCAAACCCCUGGCAAUUCCAAAGGUUUAGCUUCAUCUCCGACUACAUGUGGUCGGCUCUACGGUCUCGCUCUCGCUCUCUCCGGCUCUCAUCUCCAUCUUCGUCAUGGAAACAAGGGCUUCUAGGCCUCAAAUUCAGCACCGCCUCUUCGGCCACCACCAGAGGCCUUCUGGAUCUGCAGGAAAUCGAGAAGGUUCUGAGCGACGUCAGGGCAGACAACGUGAAGGUCAUACCGGCCUCUAAGCACUGCGACUGGGCCGAUUUCAUGGUCGUCGCCACCGGAAGGUCCACCUGGCACGUCAAGAACAUCGCUCAAGCCCUAAUCUACAAGGCUAAGCAAAAGCGGAAAGGGGCGGAGCGAUUAGUGCUGCCAAGUGUGGAAGGGGAAGAGGGAGGAAAGUGGAUUGUAAUCGACUCUGGCAAGGUGAUUGUUCAUGCUCUUGAUGAGAAGGCUCGAGAAUACUACAAUUUGGAGGGUCUUUGGGCCACAGAGACACCCCAAAAGGAACCAAACCAGGAUCUGGAAACAGCUUUUGUGAAGAUUCGUCCCAAGAACAACUCCAAAAAACGAGUGCCAAAGACUGCAUAAUCAUUAGCAUUUGUGCAUAUGAUGGGGUUUUUCCAACUCCUCAUUGUAGUUUCUGCAUCAUCAAGCUUUAUGCUUGUUUUAAAUAUGAACUAUUAAGGUGUUCUCUUGA